AAUUACAAAAGAGAUAUCCCCAUAUACUGAAGAAAUUUUCCAUGGCAAAAGCAGCUAAACAUCUCACAGAUAAGAGAUAAAUUGGAAUAAACAGCUGUCAGUGUUAAAUAAAUAUCCUGGAUAAUGUGCAGGACAGAAAUAACUACAGCAUCGUCAAACUCCUUUCUUCACUUUAUUUAGCUGUUCUUGCAUGUAGCUCCCAAUCUUUGCACUGCUUCAGUUAGUGGAGCAUUUAUUUUUGAAUCAGCUGCAUUUGUUAAGACUGUAACAACGAAAGGCAUUUCCUGAGAAGCUGUAAGGAUGAGCAGCAAGAAAGAACAACAGCUAAGGAAAUACGGGACCCUAGUAGUGCUUUUCAUCUUCCAAGUUCAGAUUUUUGGUUUUGAUGUUGACAAUCGACCUACGACAGAUGUCUGCUCGACACACACAAUUUUACCUGGACCAAAAGGGGAUGGAGGUGAAAAAGGAGAUAGAGGAGAAGUGGGCAAACAAGGAAAGGUUGGACCAAAAGGACCAAAAGGAAACAAAGGACCUGUGGGGGAUGUUGGUGACCAGGGAAUGCUUGGGAAAAUUGGUCCAAUUGGUGGAAAGGGUGACAAAGGAGCCAAAGGCUUAUCGGGAGUUUCUGGAAAAAAGGGAAAAGCAGGCACGGUCUGUGACUGUGGAAGAUAUCGCAGAGUUGUGGGACAACUGAAUAUCAAUGUUGCUCGUCUUAACACGUCCAUCAAGUUUGUAAAGAACGUUAUAGCAGGUAUCAGGGAGACAGAUGAAAAAUUCUACUACAUUGUGAAAGAAGAGAAGAAUUACAGAGAAGCCUUGAUCCACUGCAGAGACAGAGGAGGAACACUGGCCAUGCCUAAAGAUGAGGCAACCAAUGCCCUGAUUGCUGACUACAUCUCCAACAGCGGCCUCUUCCGAGCCUUCAUUGGGCUGAACGACCUGGAAAAAGAAGGACAGUUUCUGUAUGCAGACAACAGCCCACUGCAGAACUACAGUAACUGGAAGGACGGGGAGCCUCACGACCCAGCUGGCCGUGAGGACUGUGUGGAAAUGCUCAGCACCGGAGAGUGGAACGACUCCGAGUGCCAAGUCACCAUCUACUUCGUCUGUGAAUUCCUCAAGAAGAGGAAAUAA